AGAAUAGUACAGGGUUUAUUUUGUAAAAUGUGAUCGAUGUUCAUUUGACGAUGGUGGUGGGUUAGUAGACAAAACGACGUCUCGGAGAUUGAAAUUACAGAUCGUGUCUCUCUGCUCUCUUCCUUCAAAAUCCGAUUUCAGACAACCUGUUUUUACUCCGACACAAGAUUUCAACUUUUUAAAGUGUACUUUGAAUCCCAAGCUAAGAGUAGUGCCUGCACAAGUGGAGAGUAACUGCAUCAAGUAUAAGUUCAAAGACAGAUGUCUCAACUGAUGGCUGAUACAAGUUCAAGGACUGAUGUCUCAACUGAUGGCGACACAGAUCCUAGAGAUCUGGGGGUUAGCUCUCUGAUAGAGGGCAAACGAUGCUUGCGGUUGCUUCUGAUUCCAGUGGAUCAAAGGAUAAGUUAGAUCAGAAGACUCUGCGUAGGCUUGCUCAAAAUCGAGAGGCAGCAAGGAAAAGCAGACUGAGGAAGAAGGCUUAUGUUCAGCAGCUGGAGAACAGCCGGUUGAAGCUGACUCAACUUGAACAGGAGCUGCAACGAGCAAGGCAACAGGGGGUUUUCAUCUCAAGCUCAGGAGACCAAGCCCAUUCUACUGGUGGAAAUGGGGCUUUGGCAUUUGACGCCGAACAUUCAAGAUGGCUUGAAGAAAAGAACAGGCAAAUGAACGAGCUGAGAUCUGCUCUGAACGCUCACGCAGGCGAUGCUGAGCUCCUGAUAAUUGUGGACGGAGUGAUGACUCACUACGAGGAGCUUUUCAGGAUCAAGAGCAACGCAGCCAAGAAUGAUGUCUUCCACUUACUCUCCGGAAUGUGGAAAACACCAGCCGAGAGAUGUUUCUUGUGGCUUGGCGGGUUUCGUUCAUCCGAACUUCUCAAGCUUCUUGCGAAUCAGCUGGAGCCAAUGACGGAGCGACAGGUAAUGGGCUUAAAUAGCUUGCAGCAGACGUCUCAGCAGGCUGAGGAUGCGUUGUCUCAAGGGAUGGAGAGUUUACAGCAGUCGUUAGCUGAUACUUUAUCUAGUGGAACUCUUGGUUCAAGUUCAUCUGAUAAUGUUGCGAGCUAUAUGGGUCAGAUGGCAAUGGCGAUGGGGCAGUUAGGUACAUUGGAAGGAUUCAUCCGACAGGCUGAUAACUUGAGGCUGCAAACACUGCAACAGAUGAUUAGAGUGUUGACAACGCGCCAGUCAGCUCGUGCUCUUCUUGCUAUACAUGAUUAUACGUCUCGACUACGUGCUCUUAGCUCCUUGUGGCUUGCCCGGCCAAGAGAGUGAACACACAAGCAUUUUGCGCAGCUCUAUACAUAAUCUUGCAAACUCAAUUCGGUAAAGGAUACUCCUUCCAAGAGAUCACAAAGCAAAAGGCCUUCUUCUCAGAUUCUUACCAAAGGGCAAUAUUUUGGGAAAGAAGACUGCAGAGUUUGAAAAAUGGUUUCCUGAGAUUGUGUUGUGUGUUGUAAUCUUUAGUCAAUAAGGUUGUGUAGUUUCUAGAGAGAGUGAUUGUUCAUAGUGUUUGAAUAUUGAGAGCCAAUAGAUUUAUCAGUGUAAGGUGGUAGUAACCAACAUGACAGAAGAUGGGAUACUUUCAGGAACUUGAUUGUAUGAUGAUCAUAAGUCAAACAGACAAAUUCAAUU